AUGGCCGAUGAUGAUAUCCCGAUGUCCGAAGGUACCUCUACGACCACUCCAGUCACGUCUACGAUCCCUCCAGCCACCGCUACAAACCCCCUUGCCGAUUCUGUCAGUGCUCUCAUUGCCGACGCUCUCAAACAACAAGCUGCUCAAUUCGAGGCCAUCGUUGGCGGACUUCAAACUCAAAUUGUCAAUUUAAGUGUUGGAACCUCAGCCAAGAAGGACAAGAACCGGCAGUCAAGCUCCUCAACCAACCCCUACACCACACCAUCUACGUCUAGAACUGCUCCCCGCCAAUCAACUAGUGCCACCAAGACUUCGAAGUCCACUCCGAAGUCUACUUCAAAAUCUACUCCCAAGUCAAAUCAAAAGACGAAGAAAUCACCCGAAGCCCCGCGAAAACGUCACGUUCUUCAAGUGUUUUCAAGCGAGCUGGCGUCUGAUUUCAAGAGUACCAAGGAAGCGCUCUAUAUUCACAUCAAAAUGAUGUGGGGAUUAUUUAAGAAGAACGAUGUUCCACCUCCUCCCAACCCCGCUCUGUUGAAGGAGUUCUAUUUACGAUUUUCCAUGCUGCUGAGCGUUGAAUAUCAUUCACCUUCGGACCUACUGACUGAUUGA